GGUAACUAUGGUUACAAAAUUUUGAGCUUCAUUUUGUUUAUUUGGAUAAUUUUACGUUGAGAUGAAGAAGUAUGGGAUGAUCAUUCUGAUAUAUCUGAAGUAAUAUAAUUUUCUAAAUGGCUCUUAAAAAAGAUAACUCGAAUAAACCUUUCUCAUCUUUGUCAUAUCAAAUAUUCCUUGUAACAGGAUGUUGGGUGUUUUUACUCUUCACAUUUGUAGAAGCUUUAUUAUUAAUUUUCAAGAAAAUUUAUUUUGUGUACCCAACUGGAAAUAUAAUGUUUGAAAUUGCUCUACUAAUUUUUCUAUUUGGAAUUGAAAGUGUCCGAAACUUUUUGGGUAAGAAAGGGAAUCUGACCGAGCGACUACUUUCUGUUGUUAUAUCCUUGCUGUUGACAAUUCCUGUCGUUUGUGGAAUUUGUUAUUUCUUAUGGUUUCAAACAUAUGUACUUAAAGCAGAUUUAAUAAUAUCCAUUGUUUUAUUAUCUUUCAUUGCAUUUCAGACUCUGUUUGCAAUAUUCACUUUGUUUACUUUUGAGAAAUGAAACAAGGACUUGUGCCAAUUCUGUCGUAGUGAGAAUAAAGUGAAUGUCUUAUUAAGUUUUUUAAAACAAUAUUGAAGUAUUAUUAAUUAAAUAGAUAAAAUUGUAUGUAGUAAGUACAUAAAUAGACUAACACUGAAUAAAUAGAAAUUUGAGCGUCCUUUUAUGAUUUGUAUAUAACUAUGAGUUGUAAAUAAUAAAUGUA